AUGGCGGACGGACAAAAGAUUCCCGCAACGAUUCCCUUUCAAAUCGCUCGAACCAAACCACCGGACGGAGGCUGGGGAUGGAUGGUUGUGCUUGCCUACGGGUUGGCCAAUAUAAUGAUCGUGCCCGUGCUGCAGAGCUUUGGACUGAUCUUCAGGGACACUUUCCGUGAGAUCAACAUUUCUGCAACGAAGGCGUCGGUUAUCAUAAACCUAGCGUCGGCCGUUGGCAUGGCGCUAGGGCUGUUCAACGGUCCACUGCUGCGCCGGUACGGCUUCCGGAAGCUGGCCGUCGCUGGCGGCGUCCUGUUCUCCGUCGGGCUCAUGCUGACCUCUUCUGCGGCAUAUUUCGCUCACUUUAUCAUUACCUACAGUAUUAUUUCAUCACUCGGUAUGGGAUUUUGUAACUCAUCGUUUUCCCUUGCGCUCAACACGUAUUUUGUGGUGCGUCGAAAUAAAGCCGCCGGCAUCGCGAUGACCAUCACCGGGCUCGGGCCUAUACUGCUGCCACAGUUGGUAUCGCUCUUGCUCGGACUUUACGGUCCCCGGAACUGCCUGCUGAUCAUUGGUGCGCUGGCUACACACAUCGUGGCCGGGGCGUUGCUUUUGCAGCCCGUGAAAUGGCAUAUGCUGCCCACAAUCAGGGAAUCGAAUGCGGCAUCAUGUAUGCUCGCACCAUCUACGGUAGUGGAGGUGAAGGUGAUUCCCGAAGAUGAUGAAAAUGCCUGCAACGAACGGGCAGACGGUGAAGAGGAUGAGUUUCUCGAUAAACAAAGCUACAUCGAUCACGAUGUGGACACGCAAAGCAUCUACGGCUUCGAGUUGACUUCACAGAUGCGCCAAAGGGAGCCAUUCACACAACCCACGGAACCUUCGUUAAUCCAUCGGACGAAAAGUGAAGUCCUAGCUCCGAUACAACAUCGACCGUUGGAUACACGCUCUUUGAAGGCGGAAACUACCUCGAGCCCUCGUCGUUGGUUUCAGUCGGACUCCAUCGAAAGUGUACACCUUGGUAGUUCGUUGGAAAUAUGGGAUGAUCGCCAUGCAGACGGUUCCACUCAACAUCAGCAGCAGCAGCAGUUGCCACAUCACCGAAGACUCUCCCAUAGACCACUUACGAGCCACUCGAACGUGCGCUUCUCGCCACUACAGAAACGCUGGUUCGAAUCCUCCUCCUCGGAGACGGUGAAUCUUGGAAGCUCGAUGAAGAUCUUCGAUGAAAGGUUCGCCGGUCCGAUACGGCGCGGAUCACUCGGCAGUGCAACAGGAAAGCUCCCGGCGCUCAGUGAAAAUCAAGGCCUAACCGAUGAAUCUUCCCACUUACCGUCGAUCAUGAGGACACUGGAAAAUAGUGCUGGGGAAAAACCGACACCAAAUAAUGCUUCAACAAAGUUGUCUUCCAAUGGGACUCCACCUUUGCCACCCGGCGGGAAUGGAUUCCUUAGCAAAGUGGUCCACUUCUUCGAUCUGACACUGCUCAAGGACAAAAUCUAUGUCAACAUAAUGCUCGGCAUGUCGAUCGCGGUGUUUGCGGAGAUUAACUUCUCCCUGCUGACGCCGUUCAUACUGGGCGAUCUCGGGUACGGGACCGAGCAGAUCGCUUCGAUCAUGUCAACGCUGGCGUUGGCCGAUCUGGUGUUCCGUUUCGUUAGCCCGUUCGUCGGCGACUUCCUGAAGUUGAGCCCCCGGGUGAUGUACAUGAUCGCGCUGGCGAUGCUGAUUGUGACACGCUUCAGCAUUCUGUUCGCACGGACCUACGACGAAAUGGUGAUCGUAGCGUUCGGGCUCGGCAUAGCGAAGGGCGUUCGGUCGGUUUAUAUGAGCCUGGUCAUACCGAGCUAUAUUCCGUUGAAGCGACUGCCAUCCGCAUCCAGCAUUCAGAUGACCACGAACGGAAUCGUGCUGAUGACGAUCGGACCGUGCGUCGGUUUGCUGCGCGAUUGGACGGGCAGCUACACGAAGAGUAUCUUCCUCAUCAACGCGUUCACCAUCGUGACGCUGCUCAUGUGGACGGUGGAGCUGCUCUACGUGCGUCACUGGAAACAUCGUGCCAAACAGCAACAGGAACCAUCGCCGACGAUGAUAAAUGUACGUGGACCGAUGCCACUCGUUUCUUGACACACUCGAUACCAAAACAAAAGGAAGCUAAUCACGUGCCUGUUCGUGACCGGUACAUUUAACCUGUGUACAAAAGAUAAUAAAC